AUGAACACAUUUGUCAUUCUCACUGGUAUUCUCAGCUGCUUUUUACUGAUGUUAAGUGUUACUCAUGCAUAUACAUUGACGGACAAAAAAAAUACUGCUGACCCUCAAUGGCUAAUGGACAGGCCAUUAGCAAUGGCACGAAACAAAUUCUUUUCAAUGAAUCAAUAUGAUGAUGAUUCAAUGAUAAAUUCAGAAGAAGACGAUGAACACGAACUCGAAAAACGUCGAUUUAAUGCUUGGGCUGGUAAACGAAGUCUAGUAGGCAAACGACGUUUUAAUGCGUGGGCCGGUCGACGAUAA